AUGGCUACCCCUAGUGUCCUAGCUUUUGACGCUGAGGGUCGCGCCAUUGAUUUUGAGGUCUGGUUAGACGACCUGCAGCUGUUCUUACAGUGCGACAGGGCUGACGACCUUUCUCUCUUUGACCUCACCUCUGGCGCCUCUCCUGCUCCUGCUGCUGAUGCUGAUCCCACUGUCCGCUCUAAGUGGGCCACCCGCGAUGCUGCUGCACGUCUUGCUGUGCGUCGCCACCUCCCUACCUCUGAGCGUGCGCACUUUAGUCAGUACAAGAGUGCUCAGACCUUGUACGACGCUGUAGUUGCACGCUACUCCUCCCCUGCCACUGCUGCACUGAGCCGUCUCAUGCUUCCCUACCUCUUUCCUGACCUCUCUGCCUUUCCCACUGUCGCUGACCUCAUUACGCACCUCCGCACUAGUGACACUCGCUACCGCGCCGCCCUUCCUGCUGAGUUCUGCGCUAAGACCCCCCCCCCCAUGUACAUCGCUCUCUACUACGUAGUCGCGCGCCUCCCUGACUCCCUUCGCGUCGUCAGGGACCACUUUCUCGCAGUCUGUCCCACCACCCUCACCGUCGACCUCCUCGAGAAGGCCCUCCUCGCAGCGGAGAAGAGCAUAGUCGCUGUAGGUGCUUCUCGUGGUGACCCUCGCACCCCCAUCUUUGAGGGGUGCUCUCCUUCCCCCUUGCUGCCCUCUGUUGCCUCUGCUGCUGCUGCCGACCUGCUUGGUCUUGAGUCGGUCGGCGCGGCGUCUGCCCCUAGUGGGAGACGUCGCUCCAGCAAGGGCAAGGGGGGCAAGGGCGCGGGUGGAGCUGGAGGGGGCGGUGGCGGUGGCGGCGGUGGCGGCGGAGGGAGUGGGGGUGGCGGCGGGACUGGUGGUGGGGGUGGUGGUGGUGGUGGCAGCAGCGGCGGAGACGGUGGUGGUGGUGCCAGCGGUGGUGGUGGAGGCAGCGGCGGAGGUGGAGGCGGCGGAGGUGGAGGCGGUGGAGGCGGCAGCGGAGGAGGCGGUGGUGGUGGAGGAGGUGGAGCUGGUCGAGGUGGUACCCAGCAGCGUAGCGGCGGUGGUGGUGGCCAGCGCUCGCAGCGGCAGCAGCAGCAGCAGCGCUCGCGGGACAUCCCUCCGCCUCAGCAGCUCCGUGAGUGGUACGCUGGGCGUCAGAGGGGUGGGGGUACUGGUCCCUGCACCUACGUUCUUCGUUCCGGCGACCGCGCGGGUGAGCAGUGUGGGGGUGCCCACGCCACCCAGCGCUGCUUUGGCCGCCUGACGGACGCUUGGCGUCAGCAGUUCCCUGGGGCUAGUGAGAUCCCUCGCUGGGAUGAGCUUCUCAGGGCUGGUGUAGCGAUCUUUGAUCUUGAUUUUGAUGCUAUCCUUGCUGCUAUGUAUGUUGUGGAUUAUAGUGAGGAGAAUGAGGGUUACCGUUGUUUCCAGCCCGACCCGGGCAUUGGUACUGCUGCGCUAGGUGCUUGUGAGGCUGCUGCUCUAGGUGCCAGUGCGUCUGUGCUCUCAGGUACUGGUGAGACUGCGCUCUCAGGUACUGCGUCGUCCUCGUCCUCCCUCACUUUCACACUUGACUCCGGAGCUUCUCGCUCCUUCUUUCGAGACCGCACUACCCUUACGCCGCUCGGCCGGCCGGUUGCGGUCUCCCUUGCUGACCCCUCUGGGGGUCCUGUCCUGUCUCACUUCUCCACUGUCCUCCCGUGUCCGGCUGCCCCUUCGGGCACCCUGUCGGGUCUGUACCUUCCCUCGUUCUCUACGAACUUGGUGAGUGGAGCGGACCUGCAGGAUGUGGGGGUUCACCAGUUCACUCCUGCGAGUCAGCGGGUGACCCACUGCACGGAGGCACGCACACGCCGACACCUGGCCACGUUCUCGCGUCGGCCGGGGUCAAGUCUCUACACCCUGACCGUUGAGUCUCCUCCUGUCCCUGCGUCUGGUGAGGUGGUUGCGUCGGGUCAGGUGCUUACUGCUGCGUCCCGGUCAGGUCCUGAGUCUGCCCCCUGUUCUUGUCGCUUCCUGUCUCACGAGACUCUCGUGUGGCACCACCGUCUUGGCCACCCCUCCUUGCCUCGUCUUCGGAGCAUGGCUUCCCGUGUCCUUGUCUCUGGUCUUCCCCAGUCUCUCCCUCCUCUCCCCUCCGGGCCAGGACCUUCCUGUGUCCCCUGUGUCGAGGGUCGCCUCCGGGCUACUCCUCACUCCUCCCACUUCCCCCCGACAGAGGCUCCCCUGCAGACGCUUCACAUGGAUGUGUGGGGCCCAGCACCCGUCCGUGGGCAGGGUUACAAGCGCUACUUCCUGUUGGUGGUUGACGACUACUCGCGUUACACCACAGUCCUCCCCUUGCGCAGCAAGGGUGCGGUCACUGAGGUGCUGAUCGGCUGGAUCCGCGAGGCUCGUCUCCAGCUCAGGAAGAGCUUCGGCUCGGACUUUCCUGUUCUGCGUCUGCACUCGGACAGAGGCGGAGAGUUCUCUUUUCGCCUUCUGCGGGACUACUGUCGUGCACGGGGGAUCCGCCAGACCUUCACGCUUCCGAGUCACCACAGCAAAAUGGGAUUGCUGAGCGCCGCAUUGGCAUGGUCAUGGAUGUCGCUCAUACCCUUGCUGUGGACGGGGAAGGUUGGCGAUGCGUCUGUGUUCCGUGUCUGGGGAUCUCGGGCGUUUGUCCGCGACUUGUCUGCGGACAAGCUGUCCCCUCGUGCUGCUCCCUGUGUCUUCCUUGGCUUCCCCACUGACGCCCCAGGGUGGCAGUUUUACCACCCCUCCUCUCGUCGUGUUCUGUCCUCCCAGGACGUCACGUUCGACGAGUCAGUCCCCUUCUACCGUCUCUUCCCCUACCGCACUCCUUCCCUCCCCCCUCCCUCGGACUUCCUUGUGCCAGUAGACGCCGUUGACCCGGUCGAGGUUACUGGUGACUCUCGUGCUGCUGCGGGUGCUGAGCCUGGGGGUGCUGACUCUGGGGGUGCUGUGCGCGGGGGUGCUGAGCCUGGGGGUGCUACUGCUGGGGGUGCUGGGCCUGAGGGUGCUACUGCGGGGGGUGCGGAGCCUGCGGGUGCUGAGCAGGGGGGUGCUGUGCCUGGAGGUGCUGGGUCGGGAGCUGCUGAGCAUGGGGGUGCUGAGCUGGGAGCUGCUGAGCCUGGGGGUGCUGCGUCUGGAGCUGCUGAGCCUGGGGUUUCUCCUGCUGCUGCGCCUCGCCGGGAGCCCCUCUCUCCACAGGAGCUGCGCGAGUGGUUCGCUCGCCGCUGGAGGCGUGGUGCUGAGUCUGGAGGUGCUGCUGGAGCUGGAGCUGGAGCUUCUUCGACUGUCGAGGGUGCGGGUGCUGCCUGUCCCGGAGCUGCUGGACCUGCGGGUCCUCCUGGAGCUGGAGCUGCUGAGGGCGUUGGUGCUGAGCCUACUGCUGUUGGUCCCGCCGCUGGAGGUGUGGGUGACGCUGGUGCUGUCGCUGAGGGUGCUAGUGCUGUCCCUGCUGCGUCUGGAGCUGCCGCGCGGCCUCGGCCGUACUUCGUUCCGCUCCUGCAGCAGGUUCUUGGUCUUUCUCCUCCAGUAGAGGGUCCACCGCCUGUCCAGUCACAGUCCCUGCUGGAGCCUUCCUCUCCACUGCCUGCUCCCUCUCCUUACACUGGUCCUACUGGAGGUCUUGCUGAGCGUCGUGAGCCUGCGUCUCGUCCUGCGUCGCCUGUUCGUGCUGCUCGCGCUAGUGGUCGUGGUUCGCGUCAGCGUCCUCCUCCUGUCCCUGGCACGCACCGGAUGUCUUUGCGUCCGUCCACUGCUCCUCUGCGUGCCCCUUUGCCUUCUCCUCCUGAGUCCUCUCUUCCUGCGCUUGCCGACCCUGAGUCGGACUCUCUUCGUGCUGCCAGUCCUACUGUCACGCGUCUGCUUGCUACUGUCGUCACUGACCCCUCUUUUGAGUCCACUGCUGCGUCUGCUCUAGUCGCUGAGCUCGUCGACUUUGCUGCUCGCUGUCGUCUCGACUACGCUGCUAGUCUUGUUGCUGGGUCUGCGUCUGUCUGUCCUCCGUCCGUCGGGGGUGAGUGUGCUCUUGGCACGGACGUCCUAGAGGACAGGCAGGAGGAGUUACAGUGUCUAGCGGCUGCUUCACCUCAUCUCGCGUCUGUACUGCUUGCCCCUGAGGGAGACCCGGAUGCACUAGACAUCCCGACUCCGCGUUCUUACGCGGAGGCCGUAGAGGGUCCCUACUCCUCUCAGUGGCAGGCAGCUAUGGAUGCAGAGAUGGCUUCCUGGAAGUCCACAGGCACCUACGUUGACGCGGUUCCCCCUCCUGGGGCGAACAUCGUCAGUGGCAUGUGGAUCUUCAGGGUGAAGCCGCCGCCGGGCUCUCCACCUGUCUUCAAGGCACGGUACGUUGCUCGUGGCUUCAGUAAGCGGCACGGAGUUGACUACUUUCAGACCUUCUCUCCCACCCCGAAGAUGACUACUCUUCGGCUGCUGCUGCACAUAGCCGCUCAGCGCGACUACGAGCUUCACUCUCUCGACUUCAGCACUGCGUUCUUGCAGGGUAGCCUGCACGAGGAGAUCUGGCUUCGCCGUCCACCUGGCUUCACUGGGUCUUUCCCUCCUGGCACCCAGUGGAGCCUCCGACGGCCAGUCUACGGUCUCCGCCAGGCACCGCGUGAGUGGCACGACACACUGAGGACUACGCUUGCGGCUCUUGGGUUUGCUCCUUCUACUGCUGACCCGUCGCUGUUUCUUCGCACCGACACUUCCCUGCCGCCGUUCUACAUCCUCGUGUACGUCGACGACUUGGUCUUUGCCACAGCGGACACUGCUGGACUCGCCUACGUGAAGUCCGAGCUGCUGAAGAGACACACGUGUACAGACCUGGGUGAACUGCGCAGCUACCUUGGCUUGCAGAUCACUCGGGACAGAGCACGCCGCACCAUUACCUUGACUCAGUCACACAUGGUGCAGCAGGUCCUUCAGCGCUUCGGCUUUACGUACUCCUUGCCUCAGGCCACUCCUCUGCUUACUCGCCACUCACUCUCAGCUCUGCCUUCGGAUGAGUCCGUAGAGUCGAGUGGUCCGUAUGCAGAGCUUGUUGGCUGCCUCAUGUACCUGAUGACCUGCACACGACCUGACCUUGCAUACCCUCUGAGCAUUCUUGCACGCUAUGUUGCUCCUGGGAGACACAGACCGGAGCACAUGGCUGCAGCGAAGAGGGUAUUGCGCUACCUGUGCAGUACGUCGGGCAUGGGGCUAGUGCUUGGAGGGCGGAGUCCAGUGGUCCUUACCGGCCACGCGGACGCUUCUUGGGCUGACGACCAGGCUACGCAGCGGUCGUCACAGGGUUACACCUUCAGCCUUGGUUCCGGCUCUGUCUCGUGGCGGUCUACUCGCUCGUCUUCGGUUCUCGGCUCCAGUUGUGAGGCUGAGAUCUACGCCGGGGCCAUGGCUGCACAGGAGCUUCGCUGGCUCACCUACCUGCUGACUGACCUUGGAGAGCCGCCUCGUUCUCCUCCAGUGCUGUACGUAGACAACAAGGCCAUGCUGGCCUUGUGUCGAGAGCAGCGCUUGGAGCACAGAACGAAGCACAUUGCUCUCCGCUACUUCCUUGCUCGUGAGCUGCAGCAGCGUGGUCAGUUGCGACUUGCGUACGUGGCCUCUGAGGCCAACACUGCUGAUGUGUUCACCAAGGCACUCGCGCCUUGUGACCAUCAGCGCUUUUGCACCCAGCUGGGUCUUGUACCUGUCUUGCCUCACUUGCUCUCCUCUUGA